CUAUAGGGAGGGAAUCUUUGUGCUUAUGGGGUUUCCUUGGUUGGGGACUCUCUUGGGACCUUCCCUCUCGUCCCUCUCCAUCUAUCCCAACCUUUCUCUUGCUCCUUCUAAUUCCUUGUGAGAUUCUUGAACUUUGAUUGAACUUUUGAGAUUGAGUUAAGUUCUCCUCCUACAGCUUACCCCUCAGUGCGUCGAAAGACAUAGCGUCGCGAAUACUUCAUCAAUCGACGUGAUUCAAAUUGAGAACGGUAGCUAAGAUUGAGAGCUACAACAUAUCCGAGUUUCGCGACAUUCCAACGGCUAGUUUUCCGUCGACGUCGUUUCUUGUGAAGACGACUUUUCUGUCCAGAAUUUCGGAUUUAUAUUUUGAGUAAUUCUAGCUCCUAAGUUCACCUAGACUCCGUCCUUAAUACUAACAAGUGGUAUCAGAGCGAUAUUAAGGACAUUGAGAGGAGUCUACAGAAGUGUGAAGACCCUUUUAGACCCACCAUGGCCUGUGGGUGUGCCUAAGUGGUGUUCUAAAGGUUGGAUGUGUCUUCCGCUAAGGGGAAACUCUGCCGAAAUUUCGUGGACGCCGACACUUGUGAAAAUAUCGAGGGAGCUGAGUGUGGACAGCAAAGGGGAGCUGAAAUUCGUCAUUUCUCAAGGAGAAGAUGAAUGAGAGAGGAGGAGAUGCUAAUGGAAGAGGAGCUGUAGCUGAGAAGACAAGUGAGCCGCCGCCAUCAAAAGUUGAAGCUUUGGAUGGCUCCAACUAUGAGGAAUGGAGCGGACGGAUGAGGAGUGCCUUCAAACGCUACAAGCUACUGAAGAUUGCUGUUGGGGAAGAGAAGAUGCCGGAAGAAGGCGAAGCAGGUGAACGGUGGAUUGAGAAAAGCGCGGUGCUUUUCGACCUCAUUCUUCAAUCGGUCAACAAGGAGAUGUUCGAGCACAUCAAGGAUCUUGAUGUGCAUGGGCAUGAGGGUGAUGUGGGAUCUGUCGGAAAGGUUGUGAUGCACCCUCUCACGCACUGGAUGAUUGAUUCGGGUUGCACCAGUCACAUGACUCCACGGGCAGAUUUGCUUGAUGAGGUAAAACCCCCUGGGAAGAUUAAGUAUGUGGCAGCAGCGUCAGCAGCAACGGCAGCAGCGGCAAAGGCAACAGCAGGAGGAGAUGCAACUGCACCAACUGAUGGGGUCCUGGAAGCAGUCAAGAAAGUGCACCAGCAGCAGACACAUGGUGAGAAGCUGACAGUGUCAAGGGAUGUGAAGUUUCUUGAGUCCCUGUACUACAAGGAAUGGAAGCAGCAGCAACAGAAGCUUCCAUCUACACCACUCAUUGUGGAGGCAGAUGAGUUGCAGCAGCCUUCAAGGCAGGUGGAGGUUGCAGUGUCUGAGGAGGAGAUGUCUGGGGUGACUGAAGAAGGGGGAGCAGCUGAAGUGGAGCAGCAGCAGCAGCAUGACGCAGAGCAGAUGCUAGAGAUGCAGUUCAAGUGUUCCAAGAUGGGUGAGGUGAAGUACUACUUGGGGAUGCAUGUGGAGAGAGAUGUGGAGAAAGGUGUGCUGAGGUUGCACCAGAGGAAGUACUGUGAGGGGCUGGCUGAAAAGUAUGGGCUGCAAGAUGGGGGAAAGCCAGCAACACCACUACCUUCGGGGUUCACUGUUGAGCCAUGUGCUGAUGAGGAGGUAGUGGGUGAUAGUGACAGGAAGCUGUUUCAUUCGAUGCUGGAAGCGGCCAAGAGGUUGGUCCGCUAUGUGAGUGCUACGGCAUCAGUGGGAUUGGAGUACAGUGGAGUGAGGCAGCGGUUGCAGAGAGGUGCCGCAGAUGUGAAGAGUGGUGAAAUGCUCUUGAGUUGCUAUACUGACGCUAGCUUCAACUCAGUGAAAGCGGAUGGCACCAGCAUUGGGGGUUAUGAGGUGCGGCUGGAGAUAGUGAAGACCCAUCAGCAGGCAGCAGAUAUUUUCACUAAGCGUCUGGCGGAGGCGGAUCAUUGGAAGGGCAUGAAGCUUGCUGGGAUGAGUGUGCAUUGAGUAUGCAUGCUUGAGAUGUGGUAUGGUGGAUGAUGGUUGGCAGCCAGAGGGGGAGAUUAUUGUGUGAUGUCAUCAUAUGCUAUCACAUUCUGUCUGCCUCUCAUCUCUUGUUUCAAUUCAUUCUUGAACUUUGAUUGAACUUUUGAGAUUGAGUUAAGUUCUCCUCCUACAGCUUACCCCUCAGUGCGUCGAAAGACAUAGCGUCGCGAAUACUUCAUCAAUCGACGUGAUUCAAAUUGAGAACGGUAGCUAAGAUUGAGAGCUACAACAUAUCCGAGUUUCGCGACAUUCCA